GGAUUCCCAGUUAUUUUCCUGAGCAGCACUUCGGAGGGUCGCAGCCAUUUCUCUCCUCUGUUGUCCAGCGACAGUUUGACAGGAGCGUCCCCGGAUCGCGACGCUCGCGGCUCGGACACAUUCAGCAGUCGGACUCCCCUCGGCCGGAUCUCCCAGCUGAACCGAACCGGGGAUGGACCCAGCGAGCCGAUACCAAACGUUGCACAACGAGGACGACUCUCCGGAGGCCUCCACCAGCGAGCAGCAGCCAUGCACUUCUGCCGCGGCGCUGGCUGGUACGUCCGGCCAGGACCUCGGCGCGGCCCCGGCCAGCUCGUCUGCAGCGGAGGCGUCGGGAUCGAGGACUGACGGGGAGGCGGAGGCUCCCCCGCCGCCGUACGCGACCAUCGAACUGGGAGCAACGGCUGCCGUGCCUGAGACCAGUUACCGAAGUGACUUCCCAGUACCUCCGCCCUACAGCGUUGCCACCUCGCUGCCCACGUAUGACGAAGCGGAGAAGGCCAAAGCGGCGGCCAUGGCUACCUCCACUGUGGAUGUGAUGCCACGGGACGAUGAAUUCCCUCCCAGAGAGGAUUUCAGCGACGCUGAUCAACUGCGAGUCGGAAACGAUGGAAUCUUCAUGCUGGCCUUUUUCAUGGCCUUCCUGUUCAACUGGAUCGGGUUCUGCUUGUCCUUCUGUUUGACCAACACCAUCGCCGGACGCUACGGAGCCAUCUGUGGCUUCGGCCUCUCCCUCAUCAAGUGGAUUCUCAUCGUUAGGUUCUCUGACUACUUCACCGGCUACUUCAAUGGUCAGUACUGGCUCUGGUGGAUCUUCCUGCUGCUCGGUCUGCUGCUGUUCUUCAGAGGUUUCGUCAACUAUCUAAAAGUGCGCAACAUGUCCGAGAACAUGGCCACCUCUCAUCGAACGCGUCUCUUCUUCCUCUACUAAAGAUUUCCACGCCAUCACCAUUCCUUUUCAAUGUGAAGUUCCUUCCCUCCCCCCUCGAAUGACCUGACCGAGGAGCCGUGCAGUGAAGAGAGGACACCGGGAAGGAAUGAGGGAAAGAAAGUAGGGAGAAAGUGUUCCCAGUCCCGUCAAAAAGAAUAAAACAACUCUUGUGAACCGGGCCGAAACCAUUUAACAUCCUGGACGUCCCUUCCCGGGCUUCGUUUCUGUUUUUCUUUGAUUCAAAGCCCUGAACGCAGGAGCACACAGAGUGCUAUUGACAAAAACCUAACCUCGGCCGACACCGGCUGUAAACGCAGAGGUUCUAAAAUCAGAUUUUACCUAAUAACGCAAAAUUAAAGCACAAUGAAAAUAAUUCAAUAUUGAUCAUAAAGGAACGGGAAUAUGGUUGCAAGGGUCAUUUGAUGGCGUUGCUUGCUCUGACUGCAGUGAUAUCAGCCAAGACCUGAAUGAGAAACUCUCAGUGUGGUGUAGGAGAUGGAAACCUCUCUGAAGUUUCUCCUUUGUAGAGAAUUCACCUCCCGCGCGCUUACUGCAUCUUCAGUACUAGUGUAACCAUUCCACAUUGUUUAAUUUUCAGGGUGUUUUUAAAAAGUCUCACUUUAAAGGCCUUUGCACAUCAAAGGCACGAAACAAGUAAACGUUCGGAUGCAGAUUUUGACGCACCUGACCCUACGCUAUUCGGCUAAUACAUUGGUAUUAGACUGAGGAGGACGACUCCUGCUUCAAAAAUAUUAGUAACGUGAAUUAAAGAAUGAGAAAAUGCUUCUUGUGUGCAAAGGCCUUAACUUUAAAGUGCUGUAGAAUUUAACACGCAAACUCGUGCAGUGCAGACAAAUUAAAUCGUAUCUGCACGGAUCCAUUCACGCAUCACAAACCAAACGUACAGCAACAUCAGACUCACCCAGACGUGGAUUUUGUCCAAACUCUUUCUUCAUGUAAGAUUUGUUUUUUGACAAACAACCAGUUCAAAUUCUGCGGUGACCUUUUGGACUCAGGACGGACCUGCCAAAAGAGAAAGCAGUUGUGUGUCAUUGAACAAACGUUUGAAAGAAAAACAAACUGCAGGUAAAUGCAAAAGAAAUCCUGAGACCUUUGAAUGAAAACCGUCGUGCUGACCUAUGCAGUAGCAAUUGUUCUUGCAUCGUGACAUUUUCAGAGCCUCUCCUGUUUGAAUCAAAGAAAAACAAAAUGUUUCCCAAAAUGCCUGCAAAACCAAAACUCAAUCGUGUGCUUCUGUCUCGCCAAAACGUUAUCCGUAAGCUCCCCGAGGACGGCGGCCAAUCAGUGAAAGCUCCUUGGAUAAAUCAGUUUUUUGGCCGCUCUGAUCAGUGGUAAGUGGCCUCAAAGGCAGGGGAGUGCCUGUAUGCACCUCCACCUUUUACACACAGUGCAGUGGCCGACAUUACUUGUGGAUGUAGAGUCCUGUGAUAAGGGGGUAGAUGGAGUUGAGUAGUGACGCCAUCACAGAUCGAGAACCAGUUACAACAUCGGGUUCAGUGCAGAGGAAACCAAAAGGCUGACGGAACAAGUAACAAAAUUUAAUUUGUUCACCGGUAAAAUUGAGAGGAUCAUGCAGAACUCGAAAAAACCAGCAGGAAACAUGACUGGCUGCACACGUGGUGCAUUAUUUGGGACAACACCAGCACACGCAUCUCUCUCUCUCUGGGAUUUAGGCUUUUUGACGAUAAGAUUCGAUUCGACGUUUCUUCCUUUUUUCUCCCCGCAAAAGCGAGAAGCCCUUUGGUGAUGUGACGGAGCUCUCGUUGUGGACGAGCCACCUUUUUUAAUCGUGUGAUCGGAAACAAUGUUUCGCGGGACGCUGUCCGGCGCGGACGGAGCACGAGUAGUGUGACGUCAUGAACCUGCUUGUUUUCCUUUUUUUUUUCUUUUCUUACUUGAUUAUUUUCAUCAUCCGGAAAAUGAGAUGUGUGUACCAGCUUAUGCCAAUUCAUAAUAUUUGCACUUUGGAGAACUUCUGUACAGAAUGCUUUUAAGAAUCUGCUUAACUUGACGUGGGGGAGGGGGGUAGAAAAAUAAUUAAAAAGAAGUUAUCUUCGCCAUGCAAGUUCUCAACUGGAAUUCUUAAUCGUCCCAAAUGGAUUAUUUGCCUUUUGCACUUUUCAUUGGUCAAAAAAACUAAAUAGAUUAUAUUGUUAUUGUGGGUCUUGCUUCAUUGCUUUUAGCCCAAACUGUGACAGCUUGAGUAUUGCCAAACUAUAUAUUUUUUUUAACCUUUCCUUUCUCUUUAUCUCUUUUCUUCUUUUGGACUCUGGUCGUAUCCGACAGCAAUAGCAAGCUCUUUCGAUGAAUUCAAGCUCUGCCGCAUGGUUUUCUCCACCUCAGUGAGAGGGGUUGAAUAUUAGGAUCAAUCUAGUACGGCAUACAUUGUGUUUGUUUGUAAAUAAAUGGAGUGAAAAAAAAAUGCGGCGGCGGCCCCCAAAAAAAAUAAUCCUUGUAACAUCUUCUCUCGCAGUUGUUAUGCAUUUUAUGUAAAUUGUAACUGGAAUUUAAUUGACGGAUGAUGUCUUGCGAAAAUGCCAAUAAAGUUCAAAAGCC